AUGCCCCUUCGCAUGGGGAGCCCCCCUCGCCUCGCGGCCCCGCUGACGGCCCGAGCCAGCUCCAAGAACCCCUCGCCGGUGUAUGUGCUCGGCGGAAUGGCCCUCUUUGAGCCGUACGGCGUGGUCAUGGUCCAGCUGGCCGAGGCCCUGCCCCUGUCCCCCUCGGCCGGCAAGCAGCAGGACACGCCCGCGAGCGUGGCGAUCUCCAUCCCCCGGCGGCGGACCCUGCUGCUGCCCCUGCCGGACCAGCUGUCCCUGCAUCCGACCGGGUCCCCGCGCCUGCCGGGCGAUGGAGGCGCCAGUGCCGCGCCGGUCGGGAGCCCGGUUUCUCCGACGGCCCCCGGCCCGACCACGCCCUUUUCCAACGCCCGGACCAUGAUGGUGAUGUAUGGCACGCCGCAUCGGGAUGUGGCCGAGCAGCCCACCUCCUUGGUGGUUUUGGCCCCCGGCCAUGGGGGCCUCCUGCUGGCGGCCAUCCCGGAGCCGGGGCAGAAGCCUUCGCCGGAUGACCCGGUCGCGCUGCCCCCGGGCCUGGGCACGAGCUCGGCCCCGGGCCCGCGGGCCGCCGAUGCCCCCGCCACCCCGGGCAAAAAGACCCCCGGCCAGAAGCUCGGGCUGGAUCGGCUUUUCAGCCCGGGGCGCGCCGCACGGCCGGCCGAUGCCCCGGCCCCCGAAGCCGGGGCCCCGGUCGCCACCGCGCCCAGCCCCUGCCAGUCACAGCCGCCGGCCCCGCCGGCCCAUUUGACAACCGGACAUGUGCGGGCCCUGCUGCCACAGCCGAUCGGCGCGCCGGGCUUCACGCAGCCCCCCUGCACGGCCCUGGCCCCGGCCAUGUGCACCUGGAGCCGGCCGGUGGCUCGAGAGUUGGAGACUUGGGCCGCGGCCCUGGGCCUGGCCGACCCGGGGUCCACCUCGGCCGCCACCACGGCCGAGGCGGUGCGCCGGUGGCGGGUCCCCGGCGGCAGUGCCACCUCCCCCCAGGCACAUGUCCACCCCGGCGGCGAGGCGUCCGGCCCGCCGCAGCCGCCAGCAUCGGAGCCGCCAUCCGAGAAGAAAAAGCGCCCCGGCUUCGCCGGCCUCCGGGUCAAGACGUCGAAGACCGAGCGCACGGCGCCCGACACCGCCCCGACGCCCGCCGCCGGCACGACAUCCGUCGGGUCGGCGGCCUUGCAAUCCCUGCGCGGGGCGCUGGCGCACUUUUCCGGCCCCGACACGCCGCUCUUUGGCGGGACGCGCACCUUCACUCCGGGCGAAUUCUCCAAGGCCACCUUCCUGUGCACCGGGCACGAGGAGGGAAUCGUCCGCGUGUGGGAGGAGGCCCCCAGCUUCCUGCGCCAUGUGGCCACCAUCCCCCUGCGGCUGGUCAUGCACCUCCUACCGGCCGGGGUGGCCUCCUGGGGCGCGUCCAGCGCGGCGGUCAGUGCCGUGGCCAUGUGCACCUGGUCCGAGGAUCCGGCCUUCCCCACGGCCGGCGCCUCGCACCAGUAUGUGGCAGCCGCCACGCGGGCAGGGCAGAUCUUCCUGUUCGAGGUGGGAUCCCCCGAUCCGGGCCCGGGGCUGGGCCUGACCCUUGGGCAUCAGUGCGCCUUCCGCCUAGCGUUUGUCGCCUGCCCGGCGCCCGGCGGCCGGGGCUACUCGUUCGCCCGCCAGUUGGACAAUGAAACGGUCUUCUUCGGUGGCCGGGAUGGCCACUGCACGAUCCUUCGCUUGCGCGACAUGACCAGCCGAACAGUGGACCUUUUCGCGGCUCCGGCUCCGGCCCCGGCCGGAGGGUCGACCGGCGCGGCAGACGCAGCCCCCCCGGCGCGGCCGGUCGCCCCGCGCCGCCUCAACGAGGUGACCACAGUCGAAUCGCUCACCUUCGGACAGGAGCCCACCGGCCCGGCCUCGGGGAAGAUCGCCUUCAUCGGCUUGGCGGAUGGCACGCUCGUGGCCGUGGACAUUGAUGCGGCUCAAGUUGUGCCGCACAUCGCCCGUACGGCCAAGAAGCCCAGCCGGACACUGGCCAUCGCAGGGUUCGACGCCGCCUGGACAUGGCGCUCGGACUCGGCCCCGCCGCCGGCCAGCCCCCCUGGCGGCCAUGCGGGCACCGCCGCCGCCGCCGCCGCCGCCGCCGCCGCCGCCGCCGCCACCACCACCACCCCGGGCGUGGGUUCCCCAUCAUCGGCAGCGCCCUUCCCCUUCGACUUGACCAACCCCCGAGCCAAUCCACGAGGCACCUACCCGCUGGUGGUGCUGUCUGCGUCGCACUGGCGCGUGUACUCCAUGCCCACGUGCGCCUAUCUGAACAAGCACUCGCCCGAUACGCGCAUCUGUGCGGCGGCCUUCCGCCAAUUGGGCGGCCAGUGCUUUGUCGUGGCCCUGGCGGCCUGCCUGCGCGAGGAGCAAGUCCCCGGCUCCGGGGCCGGAGCCCCGGCAUGCCAGUGCCUGGUGGACCAUGAUGCCGCGCAGGGCCAGCUGGCAGCGAUUGCCCGAGCACAGGGGAACCACUCCCGGUCGGCCCCGACGCCGGCCGGGCCCCGCAUGCAGGCCCUCACCACGGCCCCGCAUGGCGCCCUUGUUGUCUACAGUCUGCCCACCUUCAAGAUUGCCUGCCACCAACUGCUGCCCUUCUCGGUACUCGAGGCGCGCAUCUGCACGCCGCCCAUCGGAGAUGAUGACCUGCUGAUCUUGACCGCCCCGGGCGGGGAGCUCAUUCGCCUGUCGCUGUUCGGCGGAUCCGGCGACCCGGCGGUCGACCUGGCCCCGGGGAGCGGGUUUUGCUUUGAGCCCGGCGGCCAGGCGGCGGCCAUCCCGCCGGCCCUCAGCCGGAAGUCCCUCGUCACGCCACGCAUGGCCGGGCAAUCUUUCGAAGUGCGUCCCGGGGUGGCAACCUCGGCCGGGCAGUGGGCCGCCGACCGGCGCCUGGUGGCCGGGGUGACGGCGCGCUUCCGCGGCAUGGCCCGCAUGGCGGCCACCUCGGCCGAAGCCGUGGCCGACGGCUUGCGCGGGGCCGGCACCGCCGUCGGCGACACCAUCAGCCAGGGAACCAGCCGAUCGGGGGCCAUGUCGCGAUCCUCCUCCCAGGGCCGGCUGUCGGACUACUUCGACAGCGAUGACGAUGACGAUGACGAUGACGAUGACGACGAUGGCCGGGCGCCCGGGCAGGCAGGGGCGAAUGGUGGCGCCGCCGGGGCCGAGCCUGGCACGGCGGCGGGGUCGGCCGGCGGCAAGGGCGGCUGGCGUCGGAAGAUUGGCCUCCGGUCGCCGGGGAGUGGAAAGAAGCACACGAGUGACGCCCAGUCGGAGGGCGGCCGCUCCGAGGGCAGUCGCCACUCCCUGUCAUGAAAGGGGCGCUCUGCCGCGCCGGGCCGAGGUGGCGGGGCCGGCAGCGCUCGCCCGCUCUCCAGGAAGGACCUUAGUCAAGGCGUCUUUCCUCGCGCCCCGCUCCCCUCAAUCUAGGAGCCGCCGGAAGAAAAAAUAGACAAACAAAGGACAAG